AUGGGCAAGAAGCGCGUCUUAGUCGGCUACGGAGUCGACAUCGACGCGGUCGCAGGGUGGCUCGGCUCGUACGGUGGAGAGGACAGCGUGAGCGAUAUCAGUCGCGGCCUGUGGGCGGGCCAUGUCGGCACCCCGCGGCUGCUGAAGUUGUUCGAGAAAUACAAGAUCAAGGCGUCCUGGUUCAUUCCCGGCCACUCAUUGGAGACAUUCCCAGAGGAAUGCGCGCAGAUCCGGGACGCGGGCCACGAAAUCGGACUGCAUGGGUACUCGCACGAGAACCCGGCCAGCAUGACCCAGGAGCAGCAGCGGGACAUUCUCGACAAUACCUAUAAGAUGCUCCGCGAUUUCUGUGGCAAGCCGCCGCGCGGGAUCGUCGCCCCUUGGUGGGAGGCCAGCGCCGAGAUGGUCGACUUGCUGCUCGCCUAUGGGAUUGAAUACGACCAUUCCAUGUCCCACGAGGACUGUCAGAUGUACUGGUUGCGGACCGGGGACUCAUGGACGAAGAUUGACUACAGCCAAAAGGCGGAGACGUGGAUGAAGCCGUUGGUUCGGGGCCAGACGACCGGGCUGGUGGAGAUUCCGGGCAGUUGGUAUAUCGAUGACCUGCCGCCGAUGAUGUUCAUCAAGAACUCUGCGAAUAGCCACGGCUGGGUGAAUCCGCGGGACGUGGAAGAUAUCUGGAAGGACCAUUUCGAUUAUUUCUAUCGCGAAUACGACGAAUUUGUUUUCCCCAUGACGAUUCACCCAGAUGUUUCCGGGCGACCGCAUGUGCUCCUGAUGCACGAAAGGAUUAUUGAGCAUAUCAAUAAACACGAAGGGGUGGAGUGGGUGACAUUCGAGCAGAUGUGUGAUGAGUUCAAGAAGAAGAACCAACCGCCCGCUGGGGCGCCAAUGCCAGCGGCCGCGGAAAGUGUGCUCCGAGAUACCGGAAAUAAUGUGCAGGGUGACCUGAAAUAG